CCUACUCGCUCCAGGUCUGGACAAAAAGUAGAGUAAUUAAUGAAUCGGAGCAGCAGUGAAAGUUAAAGCUGCUGAUCAGGUUGCUUAUUUCAGACGAGAGACGAGAGACGAGAGACGAGAGAUGGGUAGAAUUUAAUUAUUUAAUCUCCUGUUGUUACAAGAAGCUGAUUUAAGCUCCUGUUGUUGUAUGUAAAUGGCGGAUCUGGAAGAGGUGUUCCAAGGGGGAAUAGAAGGUUAGAGAAGGAAGAUAUUGGACAGGUGCAGUGGAGAAGAAGAAAAGUGCCGAGGAGAGAGGUAUGGGAAUCGGAGGGUGGCGGAGAGCUUUCUGCACGGUGGCCCGGCGAGAGGCGCCGGAAGCGAUGGCAGCCGAGAGGGUCGCCACGCUCAGUCCUGGACCCAGUCCGAGGAGUUGUGCCAAGCUUGGAUUUUUAUCCGGCGGCAAAGGGGGCAGUAACCCGUCCACGCCGCGGCUGGUGCCGGCGCCGGAGCUUCGCGAGCCUUCGGCCGUUAUGGCUGCAUCCGGUACAUCCACCACUCCUAGGAGUCGCAGCCCUGCUCGGUUUUACAGAAAGGCCUUCUCUACACCUUCGUCUCCGAGAUCCACUUCCAAAUUUGCCCUCUUCAAGAACCUCUCCAAGAGUCGUUGCUGGAUUUGUUCGCAAAGCCUGAAGGCGAGCCAGGAGACGCCGGUGUUUACGGCGGAGUGUUCCCACGCCUUCCACUUCCCCUGCAUCGCCGCCCACGUCAGGAGCCACAGCAGCCUCACCUGCCCUGUGUGUUUCGCCGCCUGGCUCCAGGAACCCUUCCUCUUGGCCAUGAAUCGCCGUGACGAAGAAACAGAGCGAAGGAUGGUUGGUCAGGCGGAGAACCGGAAUCCCAAUCGGAGAACCUACUGCGGAGGCAGAAGCGGUACACCCCAAGGUCGCGAGCAACGAUUUGGCGUGAACAAAGUCGCCGUCGCACAUUCGCCAUCUGCCAAGGUGUAUGAUGACGACGAGCCGUUGCUCCUUGCGCCUAGAGCCAACCAAACUGGUGGUAUACGAUUUAAUCCCAUACCGGAAGCCGUCGACGAGGACGACAAGAACGAGGAGAGUGGUGACGAAGAGGACUUGCCUAUCCGUAAGUCGACGCUGAGAUCCCGCGACAGCGGCCUUCAGGUGACCGUUAUGCCGCAUGCGGCACUGCUGUCCGAGGGGCGGCACCACCGGACAUACGUGGUGGCGAUCAAGGUGAAAGCGCUGCCGUUGCGGUCCGCGCCUCUCCUCGACCAUACCAGCGGUCGCGCCCCGAUCGACCUGGUUACGGUGUUGGACGUGAGCCAAGGCAUGACUGGGGAUAAGCUCCAGAUGGUAAAGCGCGCGAUGCUGGUGGUGGUAUCGUCUUUGGGUGUCUCCGACCGGCUCUCCAUUGUCGCCUUCUCGGCCUCCUCGGGAGCCAAGAGGCUCUUCCCUCUCCGGCGGAUGUCGUGGCAGGGGCAGCGUGCCGCCCGGCAGAUCGUCAAGAGGCUCGUCGUGGUGGGCGAGAUCGGAGCUGCCGCCGCAGCUGGUGGCGCCAGCAUUGGUGACGCUCUAAGGAAGGCUACCAAGGUUCUGGAGGACCGCCGAGAGCGCAACACGGUGGCCACCAUCAUGCUCCUCUCCGAUGCUGUCCAGCGGCAACACCCCGAGCAAGAGCAGCCCAAGGAAAGCAACAUCCACAUCAACGAUAAGCCCUCACACUCGCCUCGCGGCACUGGGGGCGGCAAUCUCCGGCCGCAUUCUCUGUCGACAACAACCAUAGCCGUCGCCACCACUCGCUUCGCGCAUCUGGAAAUUCCCUUCGAAGAUGCCAACGGAAUGGAGGAGCCGUUGCAAAGGAGACAGGUGCCGUCGGAAGGCGCUUUCAUCAAGUGCGUCGGCGGCCUUGUGUCGGUGGUGAUGAAAGACGUCCGCCUUCAACUCGUGUUCCCGUCGGGCGAAAUCUGCGCCGUGUAUCCCUCCGGCGGUGGUUGCAGUGAUGUGGCUAUUGGACCAGAGGGCUCUGUUCUCCGCCUCGGGGAUCUCUACUCAGAGGAGGAGAGGGAGCUUUUAGUGGAGAUGCGAGUGCCCUUUCCGGCGGUAGAGCAGACACCCAAUGACCAUAACCGAUUGACUGCCAAAUGCAGCUACCGCGAUCCGGCCACCCAUGAUCUCUCAUUCAGCGAGGAUCAGGUGGUUCUGCUGCCGCCCCUCUGUUCGGAGCUCGGCGAAGCCUCUCUGAGGCUCCGCAACGUCUUCGUGUCAACACGGGCGAUUGCCGAGUCGCACCGCCUCGCAGAGCUCUCAGACUACGCGACCGCACACCACCUGCUGUCCUCCGCCCGCGCCUUGCUGCAGCAGUCGGCUUCAGGAUUGGAGGACCACCACCUCAUCCGCAACCUGGACUCGGAGCUCGCCGAGCUACAGCGGCGACGGCGCUGCCUUGAGCACCACCAACGUUACCAUGAUCAGCCACGGGAAGAGGCGGUGUUUCCAUUGGUGAGGCAGAGAUGGCAGAGAGAAGCUCCGGCGGAGGCGCGAGGGGAGGCCCUGACUCCGACGUCGGCUUGGCGAGCCGCCGAGCAGCUUGCGAAGGUAGCCAUCAUGCGCAAAUCAUUGAACCGGGUCAGCGAUCUCCACGGGUUCGAGAACGCCCGGUUUUAGUAAGAGACCGAACCAAUCCGUUGCAUUAAUAAAUUAAUUUUCUUUAUUUCUUUUUAGAAAGAUUGAAAAACUUGAACGUUAAAAUUGUGUAACUUUGUAAGUGACGAUUAUGGAAAAGCAAUUACAUAAAUAUUCUCCCUCUUAGUUUUAUAAGCAAGGAAAAGAAAUUUCAUAUUAACUCUGAAAGUUUUGUUAGUUUUCUAGAUA